AUGACCAUCACUAGCACAUCGAAGGAUCCUUCUGCUGCUGAUAUAGAAUUCGGCAAACUAUGGACACUAGAAGACACGUUCACACACCAGGAUUUUCGAUUGCUGUACGUUCCUCCAAAAGAUGAAGAUGAGAAAAUGAUGAUCAUUACUCCUUCCAAACAUGAUGCAUCGUACGUCCCUGAUCGCAAAUUUUAUGCUCUAUCACAUUUAUGGGGCACCGAUCCAAAGGAUAACCUAUGGGACGUGAGCGACUUUAUCAGUGACGAGGAUGGUACUACAGUGGAACCAAUACCAAUGAGAAAAGAGAAACGUGAGACCUUUCUGAAAUUGCUGCAAGAGAACCCUGGAUAUUGGUGGGUUGAUGUCUUGUGUUGCAGGACCGAUACGCCGCCCGUCAUCAUGCGAGGAGUAUAUGGUUGCUGCGAAAAGUGUUUUGCUAUGAUUGAUUGCCCAUCCAAAGCAAUUGAAUACUUCUCAGUAGUACUCCCUCAGUUUGAGAUUCACGACGAAAGCAAAGCGAUCAUUGAACUAAACGUUGCACGUAUGAGGUGGGAGGCAUUGCAUCCGACCGAGACGAUAUCAUCAUUCCUCUUGGAAGGAUGCAAACAUGCUAUGGCUAUUUGGAAAUGCCGUUGGUUUUCACGUGUAUGGACCAUGCAAGAGUUGGCCCUUCCAUCUUCAGUGAUGUUACUCUCAGAGACAGGUGGUAUGUCUUAUUCCAUCUCUGCUGAUUCGCUCAGCUCCCUGCUGUUGCACUUGUGGCGCAUGUGCAUGUUACAGUUGAACGUUAUCGGAGACGAGGUCGACAACGUCGCUUACUUUGAAGGUCAUGUUACCGUGUUGAGAGAUACUCUCCACAAUUUCCAUGGAUUAGAGAAACGGUCGAAAAAAGAUCGAUUCGAAAACCUCGAGUGGCUAUUAGCACAACUCGCCAGUUCUGAACGGUCAUGCUAUUUUGCCGAAGAUUAUGUAUAUGGUGUACUUGGGAUCUUGGGUUGGGAUAUCCCACGACUGGACUUUAUGAAAGAUUUAUGGGAUCGAUUUCUCUUUAGUUUCCAACGGGUUGCAGAGAAGGCUUUUUCGGAAUCAAUCAUUUUUAUCUAUGACGACUACGAUCCAUGUGGAGAAGCAAAGAUCAAACAUUGCCUGGAAACUUUUCAUUUUCACAUCUACGAGGAAGCUCGAUCAUGCCCACUAUCGGGAGCAUGCACUAUGGCAGACGUGUAUCAGAAUUUAUUGUACAUUAAGGUUGAUUGUUCAUGUGCUGAGUGUGAGGUGGUCGUUGAACAAUGGUUGGCAGACGUUUGUGCAUACUUUAAAAUCAUUCGCAAUGAAAAGUAA